CCUUCCGGCUGCUUGGCGCGUUUCCGUGGAGACGGGCCGGUACGCUCUGCUGCAGCCCACCCAACUUUUCGGAGACGUCUGGGAACCGCGCGAGUCCUUCGAGGUACAGAAUCAGUCGCGGGAUCCCCCUAAGCCUAGAACUGCCCAUAGUUCCUCGAGGAGAAGCCGUUGCUACCGAGAUCCGGAAUCAUGAAGGGCCUUCUCUUUCUUGGAGAGGGUUGCCCGCGGCUCCGCCCUGCGGUUGCUUCCUGAAAGAUUUCCUGGGUGCUGAGGGAAGGAGGGUUCAGUGGGCACAGCGUAGCAAAAGGAUGCAAGCUUAACACAUCACGAACUGUUGAGCUUCACCUUGAUGACUUCACCUUGGAGUGCCUUCCCGGUUCAGUUCCCGCAGCCUUCAAUCAGUGGCCUCUCACAGAUCACCAAGAGCCUGUUUAUCAGCAAUGGUGUGGCUGCCAACAACAAACUCCUACUGUCCAGCAAUCAGAUCACCACAGUCAUCAACGUCUCAGUAGAGGUAGCAAACACCUUCUAUGAGGAUAUCGAGUAUGUGCAGGUGCCUGUGGUCGAUGUGCCCAUUGCACGCCUCUCUGAUUUCUUCGACCCCAUUGCCGACCAUAUCCAUUCGGUGGAGAUGAAGCAGGGCCGCACACUGCUGCAUUGUGCUGCCGGCGUGAGCCGCUCAGCUGCCCUGUGCCUUGCCUACCUCAUGAAGUACCACGCCAUGUCCCUUCUAGAUGCCCACACGUGGACCAAAUCCCGCAGGCCCAUCAUCCGGCCCAACAGUGGUUUUUGGGAGCAGCUCAUCCAUUAUGAGUACCAGUUGUUUGGCAAGAACACAAUGCAGAUGAUUAACUCUCCAAUGGGACUGAUCCCAGACAUCUAUGAGAAGGAGACCCACUUGAUGAUUCCACUGUAAGCCAGCCCACCAGCUUCUGUAUUGGGGUCAGCCAUACAGCUCUGCCAUUAACAAACAGUACACCACGGUCUAAACUUGAACAUUCUACUUUUGUUGCCACAGGAGCACACCAGAUGGUGCUUUUCAUAAGGGCAAGAAAAAAGUGUUGCUAUAACAUUUAACCUCGUAAUCCAGCCAGGUUUGGCGGCACAUGCCUGUAACCUCAGAUUGCUGAAGCGGGAAGAUUACAAGGUGAGUUUGAGGCCAGCCUAGGCUGUAUGUGAGACCCUGUCUCAAAAACAAAAGCAGCAACAAAACUCCCCAACAAUUACUAUCUUGUCAUCUGUGUUUUUAGAGAUUAAAUUCAUUUCUUAUAAUAUAGUGAAGGUAACUUUUCUGUGAGUGGUAGGUUGCCAGGGGUGGGGCAGAGCAGGCAGGUGGUGCUAGGCCAUAGAAACCAGUGCCCAGUGCAUAAGGCAAGCUUAGGUUCCUGCAGCCCUUCCCGAGAUGACCAACCCAGAGACGAAUCUGCCAAAAUCCCACCUCGUUCAUUCAGAGACAGAGCCUUAAGCAUCCUGGUGCUCUCUGAUAUCUCACAGUAAGUGCUAGCCUACUAGAUUAGAGGCCUUCAAGCAGAGUUCUAGAGGCUGCCCCUUCUACCUUUACCACAGUGGCCCAAUUCUGGUCUUCUAGAUCAGAUUUACACAGUGCUUGGAUCACAGUGGUACCCAGAUCAGCAAUCCUACCUGUACACAGGCCUUUGUUUAUACAUGUUCUCAGAAGCCUCUGUGUGAGAGAGAAGAAGAAAUGGCUUGAUCUCUGCUAGACCUCAUCCGAGAAGCCUUUUCCAGAGCUCUCAUUUUGCAACUUAGGAGUCCUGACACAAGGCCUCACGCAGAAUUGCAGACCAUGAGAUCCAGGGUCCCAGGCUGGCUGACUGUUGAGGAGCUGUGAGGACAGAGGUCAGAACAAGUGAGUUGUCUCUAGCAGGCCCUGGGAUUCAGGGCUGCUCAGAAGCCCUUGGUGUCAGGGUCUGAUUCUAGAAAGCUUGGUUUGGUUUGCUUUAAGCUGUGAUCCCAGGUAGCCCAGGCUGUGUAGUGUUGAGCGCUGUCCCCUUGCCUGUACUUUAGGAGUGCUGAGCUCACAGGUAUGUGCCACCUCGCCCAGCCAAGACCGCUGCUGCAGUGUGCUUUUUGUGGUAUAACACUCACCAAAAGCAGCUUGGGGGAGAAAGGGUUUAUUUGACUUACAUGUAACACUCUGUCAUGAAUAAAUGUGGCUUGCUCCCCAUGGCUUGCUCAGUGCCACCUGCCCAGGUAGCACAACCACA